GUUUUCUUUAGCUGGUGAUUGGCCAAUCGUCCAAGCUGCGCCUGCCACAGCUUCGUGACGAGAACAGUACGGCAUGCGAACAACCUUCCGGCCGGUUGACAAACCUUGGAGCCGCAGGGACUUGCUGCCCAGGCGAGGUCCAGCUGCGACUGGGACAGAGUCCAUGAUGGAGUCAAACUAUAAGAAGUCCGUGGGCGCCACCCUGUUCCUGGAGUUUCGGACCAUCACCACCGCAAUCACACUCGCACUCACAUUCACACUCAUCGCUCCUGCUCUCGUAGCACCACCAACUCUGUUAUCCAGAACAUAACCUUUCAAACAUACCCAACAGCCUCAACAACUACUUCGCCUAACUUAUCCACAAUGGCCUCCAAGAAGAUCCUCACCAUCUUUGGCGCCACUGGUGCCCAGGGCGGCGGCAUCAUCUCGACCUUCCUCCACGAUGCCAAGCUCAAGAACGAGUGGGCCCUCCGCGGCGUCACCAGAGAUGUCUCCAAGGACUCUGCCAAGAAGCUCGCCAGCCAGGGUGUCGAAGUCGUCGCUGCGGAUCUCAACGACAAGGCCUCCCUCGUCAAGGCCAUGAAAGACUCGUACGCCGUCUUCGCCGUCACAAACUACUGGGAAAAGGCCGACGCCGAUCUUGAGAUCAAGCAGGGCAAGGAUCUCGCUGAUGCCGCCAAGGAGACGGGCGUCCAGCACUACAUCUGGAGCACUCUAUACAACGUCUCAGAGCGCUCCAAUGGCAAGCUCCCCCACGUCUACCACUUUGACACCAAGGCCAAGGUUGCCGACUAUGUCAGGCAGCUCGGGAUCCCCGCCACCUUCUUCAUGCCUGGCUUCUACGUGUCCAACAUCCCCGGCGGCAUGUUCCGCCAAGCGCCACCGGACAACAACUGGAGGUUCGCCCUCCCCGUCAAGGGCGACUCUCAGAUCCCCUACUACGCGCCCAAGGAGGACACGGGCAAGUAUAUCAAGGCCAUUGUGAACAACCGCGACAAGCUCCUCGGCAAGAACUUCCUCGCCGCCACGGCUUACACGACGCCCUUCGAGAUGGUCGAGACCUUUAAGAAGCUCUUCCCCGAGGCCGGUGCCACCGCGCAGUACGUCGAGCUUCCCGGAGACGUGUACAAGGGUCUCAUCAAGCAGAACAUGUCGGCGCCCGACUUCAUCGCGGAGGAGCUGUACGAGAACAUGCGCCUCCUCGAGGAGUUUGGAUACUACUUUGGCGAGGACCUCAAGCCGUCCCUCGACCUCGUCGAUGAGCCCCUUACGACGUGGGAGGAGUAUGCCAAGAAGGCGCCGGCUUUCAAGGAUCUGAAGUAGCUGGCUGGUACAAAGGAGCACCUAUAAUGAAUAAGCAUGGAGACGAAGAAAUCCGGCAUGGAUAUGUACAGAUAAUGACUAUAGAAUUACUUUGAGCACAUUCACUUUCAAGACAGUUGGCAUGAAAGAU